AUGUCCUCGGAUGACAUCCGGAGGAAAAAACCAAAACACUCUCGCAGGGCUCCUUGGGGGACGGACUCGCCUCUUCCUCCCCAGCUUCUUAUUGCCCGGGAACACGGGCGUAGACACAGGGAAGCACUCGUGGGUUCUUUUCGGUAUGAGAGGGAGGAUGGCACUGUGGGAGCGCUGCUGUGGGCUAAGGCGGGGUUCCCGCCGAAUAGAAACCAGACCCCAGGGAGCCCUGGGGGCUGUGAAGCUGCCGGAAGCUGCUCCAGCCGAUUCCUCACAGCCCACCGACCCUCAAUCAGCCCGCCCCGUUUAUUGAUCAGGUCCGGUGAGGGAAGCCUGGAAGAGAUCCCAGUCCUAGCAGCUAGGAUCGGCCGGUCUAGGCUCAGCUGGCAGGGAAAACAAAGCCAGCUCUCUGAGCUGUGCUUAGACCUAAGCUGGGGUACCCAUCAAGCAACAAGCAUGAAAAGGGGAAGGGAGGACAGCGGAGAGAGGGGACAUCACAGAGUGGAAAAGGACCAGGCCGAGAAUCAGGCAUUGCUGUCCAGUCCUGGGCCCAAGUAUGAAUGCCUUUUAUUAGCACUCUUCAAAGCCAAUAUGGAUCUGAUUCAGAAAGAUGUCAGAUACUUUGGGAGUUGGUCUAGGUAUAUUCGUACGAUGUACCUGGGGAUUCAGAGCCAGCGGCAGAAGGAACACCAGCGACGCUUUUAUUGGGCUAUGAUGUACGAAUAUGCAGAUGUCAAUAUGUUACGCCUCCUGGAGACCUUCCUGGAGAGCGCCCCACAACUGGUGCUACAGCUCUGUAUAAUGAUUCAAAAGAACAGCGCUGAAACGCUGCCCUGUGUCUCCUCUGUGACCUCCCUGAUGUCCCUGGCUUGGGUGCUAGCCUCCUAUCACAAGCUUCUCCGGGACUCCAGGGAUGACAAGAAGAGCAUGAGCUACCGAGGGGCCCUCAUCCAUCUCUUCUGGCGGCUCUUCACCAUCUCAUCCAGAGUUAUCUCCUUUGCCCUCUUUGCUUCCAUCUUCCAGCUCUACUUUGGGAUCUUUGUCGUGGUUCACUGGUGUGCCAUGGCCUUCUGGAUCAUCCAUGGCGGGACAGACUUCUGCAUGUCCAAGUGGGAGGAGAUCCUCUUCAACAUGGUGGUAGGGAUUGUGUACAUUUUCUGCUGGUUUAACGUCAAGGAAGGGCGGACUCGAUAUCGAAUGUUUGCAUAUUACACUGUAGUCUUGACAGAGAAUGCUGCCUUGACGUUCCUUUGGUAUUUUUACAGAAAUCCCGAGACCACUGACUCCUAUGCCGUGCCAGCACUGUGUUGUGUCUUUCUUAGCUUUGUGGCUGGGAUAGCCCUGAUGCUCUUAUAUUAUGGUGUGUUGCAUCCCAUGGGGCCACGAGCUAAGAUCUUUGCCAGCUCCUGUUGCGCCGAGCUGCUCUGGGGCAUCCCUUUGCCCCCCGACGUUGAGCCCAUGGCGCCUCAGACCCCUGGGUACCGGGGGACCCAGGUCACGCCCACCAGAGCCGUCACGGAACAACAGGAGGAUCUCACGGCUGACACUUGCUUGCCCGUUUUUCAAGUGAGACCCAUGGGGCCUUCCACCCCGUCGGGGCGUCCUUACCAUCCAGAAGGGCCCCUCAUUAAGAUUGACAUGCCCAGAAAGAGAUACCCUGCAUGGGAUGCCCAUUUUGUAGACAGGAGAUUGAGAAGGACUAUCAACAUUCUGCAGUAUGUCACUCCCACAGCUGUAGGCAUUCGGUAUCGAGAUGGACCGCUCCUCUAUGAGUUGUUACAGUAUGAGUCUUCACUUUAAAAGCUCCGUAACCCAAGUUGAGAAGGGAACCUUUAAGUUUUGUUUACGGCCAACACCGCUCACAAGAAAAACACCCCUCCACCACUUCCACACCACCACCACCACCACCACCACCACCACAAAAAACAAAACAAAAAAACCCUUCAGAUAAGCUUUCUUUCCAGUUGCUGUAUGUAUACAAAGAUAUUCUCUAUGUUUUGUAAGUAAAAACAAAAAGAAAAACCUUUCUUUUGAUUUUUACACACAAGAAACAGUAUUGAAACAUCCACACUAUGUAUGAUCCAUAGGUGGAAAAGGCGGAGUUGUUUCCACUCCAAAAGAAAAAAAAAAAGUUUUAUACCUUAUGCCAAGUGUAGAUCAUUUGCGGGAUUGGUGCUGAUUGAAAGAACAACAACAACAAAAAAAACAAACCUUCAACUGCCUUAUGCCCUUAGGUGCUGAGUUUCAUUAAGUACUGUCUUGUUUUCUCAUGCAAAACUCUCCGGUGAUUUUUAUACCAGGGGAGGGAAAAGCAAACCAAGAAGUGAGUCAAACCAAGAAUCUAAAACAAAACAAAACAAAACAAAAAUCACUCUUCAAAUCCCAUGAUUUGUAAGGGGGGAGGGGAAUUCAACCAAGGCAAGAAAGUGAAAGUAAGAGUAAUCCCUCCCCAUCCUCAUUUUUUUCUCCCCUGCCCAGCCCUCCCCUAUCUCUCAUUCCCUGAUUUCCCUAACCCCUCAGCUGAGUCUUUAAGGAGCUUAAUAGCUGUCUGAAAUUCUAACAGAUGAGUGAUGCUAUGUACAGGCCAGCUUUGUGCCAAUUUGCACUGGCUUCACCUGGCAAGAAUCACAUUUGGUUGGGGGUGGGGUGGGGAAGGGAAGAUAAAUUAACAAACACAAAACAAACCCACCAUUCAAAUUCAGCAUGGUUGUUCAAUUCUAUACCAAAUAGGAGGGGAUUUUCAUGUCGAUAAUUUUUAAAAUCAGUAAUAAUAAAACUCAGCAUAGUAGCAAAAAGAAAGAAGUCUGUUUAAAGGCACAAUACUUGAUCAGUGACUGGCAAAAAUGACAUUUGAUCCAUCAUCUUAAGGCUGUGAGAGGUAUCCAUUUAUCAUGUGUGAUAUUGUGUAGGGCUUCUUCUAUCUCCAUUUGGUUUGGUGUGAAGCCUUAAACUGAUUUGGCAAGAAUUCCUCAUUUUUAAAAUUUGUGGUUGUGUUUUUUGUUUGUUUGUUUGUUUUUUUAAUGAAGACAAAGAAGAAAAUUGGAAUAUAAAAAAUAAUCAGCAAAUUGUAAUAACUGACCUAUUUCAAAAGAUGGUUUGGUGCUUUUGUCUUUCACCGUUGUGAUUGCUGAGUAUUGUUCAGCUCACUUGGUGCAUCUUGGGUUGAGUGAGAAAUGUUUUAGUUGUAUGUAUGUGCAUGUGUAUGUGUGUAUAUAUAUAUGUGUGUGUGUGUGUGUGUGUGUGUGUAUGUGUGCCCGCCACACAUGAUGUAUGUGUAUGUAUGUGACUCUGUUGCAGGAGCUUGCCAAAAAUAUGGACAAUACAAGAAAGAUGACAAUUAUAACAUGGUUGAGUUUUGUUAUGUCCAGCUCUGUCCAUGGCAAGUCUCAGAAAAGCAGCAUUCUUUGGGUCUUUGAGGCCAUUCAAUUCGUGUCAAGAUUCCAUCCACCUGUUUAAUUUUCUUAUUGUAUCAAGGUGAAUUUCUGGAGGUAUUGAGAAUAUAGUAUACCAUGUUUUGUUUUAUUUUUCUGUUUUUAAAAAGUAUUGCUCCUUUAAAGAAUUAUCUUGUUCCAGGGCAUCUUUUCAAUCCCUCAUAUCUCUACUUGGGCACAAAAAAAAAAAAAAAAAAAAAAAAACAAAAAAAAAAAAACACAAAAAGAAAAAAAAAAAACUCCACAAAAAAUAUAUAUAUACAAUAUUUUAAAGUAAAUACUGUUAGUCUUUUCUGUGUGUAAUUGCAAUUUUUAAAAUUCCAGAUAUAUCUGUCUAGGGUGCAAAACCUCACAUUGAACUGUCC